CAGAGAGUCCCAAUAUAAACAAACCUCCUCCUACACACGACCCUCUGUGUUACAGAGACAUUAGAAGCCUUUGACUCCUCUCUCUCUCCUCUCUCUCUCUGUGAGCCUCUAGUCUCUUCCUUGUUCAACCGUCCUUAGAAUUUUGUCACCGCCAUGUCUCCUGUGCUAAGCUCUCAAGGUCUGGUCUUAGCAACCGCCAUGGCUAUCUCUAGCACCCUCGUCUUUCUUGCUUUCUCCAGAAAACAAACCCUCCCAGAACCCCAGAACGCAACAAAGCAAAGUUCUACUCUGCGGUCUUGCUUGUCUUCAGGUGAUAAGAAGAGGGAUGGAAAGAAAAAGAAAGUGCGUUUUGCUGAGAAUGUUGAGGAGGAAAAGAUGGUAGAGAGAGUUAUGGAGUCGUCGUCGUCGUCUAAAAGAGUCGAAAAAAGUUGCAGAAACCAAAUUCCUCAGAAUCGAGUUGCCUUGUACAAUGGAAUUCGUAGAGACCGGGUGCAGAGGAUGGCGUGUUCAUAUUGAAUACUGAUUACCACAGAAAGUCUUUGAUUUUUCUUGAUUUUCUUGGUUGGUUUCUUCGCUGGUACAGCAAGACUGAAAUUUUUUGGUCUUUCUGUGGUUGUAGAUUCUGCUUUUACUUUUCUUAUUUUUCCAAAUGUGGUCUGUGAAUACAAUGAACUUUGUUC